CAGCGUGCUGCGCUCCACCCAAGCCAGCCCCGCCCCGCCCCUUUCGUGGCGUCACAAAGCACCUACCCCGGCCACACGUGGUGCGCAGACCUCUUGUGUUGGCGGCGAUAGAGGCGGGGUGAAGCAGGAAUAACAUAACAAACUGAAGUGCUCCCCUGACCGCUGCAGUUCACGCACACGGCAGCCCGCUGGUUGAGAGGACGAGGAGCAGUGCUGGGGAGGGGUGGCGCUCCCCCUGCAGGCGCUCCCUCGACAGCGCGACUCAGAAAGCAGCAGAGCGAGGGCAUGGAGGAGGAGCGAGGUCCCCUUAAAGGGAAGGGCCCGGGGAAGAAGCCCGCUGGCACCGCCGCCCUUAAAGGGAAGGUCUCCGCGGCUAAACCGACCCGCGGCCGCAAAGCUGCCCCGGCCAGGAAGGAGCCGCCGCGGCUGGAGGAAGAGGAGGAGCUGAAGGAGGAGACCCCCGGAGCCCCUCCCCCCGCCCCCCCGCUCUCCCUGCAGUGUUUCGAGUGCCACAUCACCUUCAGCGACCCCAAAUGCCAGGAGCGGCACCUGAAGAAGCGGCACCCCGCGGAGUACGAGCGCCACGUGCUGGGCGGCUCUCUCUUCACCUGCUACGUGUGCGACCGCGCCUUCCCCUCCUCGCGGGAGCUGCUGGCCCACCAGCGGGGCCACACCGAGGAGAGGCCCUUCCAGUGCCCGGUGUGCGGGGCCCGCUUCGGACGCUCCUCCGAGCUGACCGCCCACAAGAGGACCCAUUUCGGGCAGCUGGGCUACGCCUGCGCGGACUGCGGCAAACUCUGCAAGACCCUGACGCUGCUGAAAUACCACCGGCGCACCCACACAGGGGAGAGGCCCUACCUGUGCCUGGAGUGCGGCAGGACCUUCAGGCAAUCCUCCGGGAUGCACCGUCACCUGCAGACCCACGCGGAGGAGCAGGGAGCAGGGGGAGGGGCGGGGAGCGGCAAGGAGAAGCCACAGAAGAGGAAGAGGAGGAGGAGGAAGGGGGAGGAGGAGGAGGAGGAGGAGGAGAGGGCUGUCCCCACUGCCAGUCUGGAGGGUGCCCAGUGCUCCCAGUGCCUGCUCACUUUCUCGGACCCGCAGACGGCCGAGCAGCACGUGAGGAGUCAGCACCCCGAGGUCCCGCCUUCCCCCAGCACCCCCCCCGGCUCCGCCCAGCACAGCCAGGGCAGCCUGCCCCCCUGUGGAGAGCCGGGGUACUGCGUCGGACCGGGGCUAGGGUCAGGGGGAGGGGAGGAGGGAGAGAUGCAGGCUGCUGUGGCUGAUGUAAGCCUGCCCACCAACAGCAGUACAAUCUGCCCCCUUCCGCGCCAGCCCUGUGACCCCCACCUGAACCACUGCAGCUCCGACUCCCAGCCGCCCCCCUCCCUGACUGAGCCCCCCCUCCCCCUCCCCCUGCCCCUGGCCCUGAGCCGCGAGACGAGCCGCAGAUUCUGUUGCCAGGUUUGCGGGGAGCGUUUUUUACGAGGAGCCGUGCCUCCAGCAGCACCAGCGCAGCAACCAGCACUGGAGAGAGCCGGGUCAGAACCAGGGCGUGGGGGCGGGUCAGGAGUCGAGGGGAGGAGGGGAGCCCCCCUCUGAACUCUCACUGCAGGGCUGCCUGGAGGAGAGUCAGGGAGGGAACAGAACCGACGGUCGUGUGGACGGAGCGGGGUUCGAGGGGAGAGGAGCGGAGACCGAGGAGGGGCGGGGGGGAGGCGUGCCUUCAGCCCGGGAACCGGCUGAGAGAACGCCGGCACGGACCGGGAGAGACGAUGGGAAUACUGGAGAGGGGUCCGCAACUGGG